AUGGCGGAAGAUUCACCGACAGGAGGUCCACCAUCUGGUCCAUCUCCAUCGACGAACGAUGAAUCUGCUGCAAUUCAGACUCAGACCUCAAAAUUAAAGAGAAGUCGUCUAGGGAGUUCAAGUGAGGCAGUUGUUGCUACUGUUGGUCCCGAGAUUGCAGAGGACGGUGGUACUUCGAGAAGGUCCAUAGUUUGGCUACACUUCGAACAGUUGGUAGUCGACGGUAUAUCCAGAGCCAAAUUCAAACAUUGCGAAAAACUGUACAGAUGUGAUACUCGAAGGAAUGUAGUGGACGGUAUAAAUGAGAUCAAGUAUUCCAUUAAGAAGAUUCGUCAUGCGGUUCGAUUUGUGAAACAAUCUCCGGCUAGAUUGGCAAAAUUUCGAGAAUGUUGUGAUGAUGAAGGUAUUGUAAGUAAAAGCUUGUUAUGCUUAGAUGUGAGCACUAGGUGGAACUCCACUUACUUGAUGUUAAAUGUUGCACAAAAGUUUGAGAGGGCAUUUGAGAGGUAUGAAAUCAAAGAUCCUUACUUUAAACUAGAGCUCAAGCAUGGACCACCGUCAUUUGUUGAUUGGGAGCAUGCUAGAAGGAUGGUUGAUAUUUUAUCCCACUUCUACGAGCUAACAUUGAGGAUUUCGGGCACAUCUUAUGUCACCUCGAAUGAAUUUUAUCAUGAAAUUAGUUCGGUGAAUUGUUUGUUAAGAGAAUGGAUUGCUAGUGAUGAUCUUGAUAUCAAAGCAAUGGUUUUUGUUGAUCCUCGCUACAAGUUGGAGUUCCUUGAGUACGCGCUUUGUGAAGAGCACGGAGAAAAAAACGGUUCGGAGAUCUUCAAGAGUGUGAAGGGGAGUGUUCACGAGUUGUUUGAAGCUUAUAAGUUGAUUUAUCAACCUCAUUGUGCCACGUCCACACAAUCGAUGAAUCGAGUUUCAAGUUUAAAUGAAUCUUCUCAUCUCGAUCUUUCAAAGAAUAAAUCAAGAGAUCACUUGGGAGAUAAGUUCAAAAGGCACAAGAUAGAGAGUGGAGAAGUAGAAAAUUGGUUGAGAAAAAAGAAGUCCAAGUGGACCAAGUCCCUUGAAGAGAGCCUAGUAGAAGACAUUGCAAAAAUAGAAGAAGCUUUGCAAGGUGUUGGGAUUAGUGAUGUCAAUGACAAUGAGAACACAAUGGAGGAAUAA